CCUUGCGCCGGUCAGCAUCACCGGGAGGAGGCCGAGCGCAUCAUGACGACCACGCCGGUCAUCGACGGGCACAACGACCUGCCCUGGCAGCUCCUCAAGAAGUUCAACAACCAGCUGGGGCUGCCGGAGGCCAACCUCACCACGCUGAACGGCACCCACACCAACAUCCCCAAACUGCGCAGGGGGCAUGUGGGCGGGCAGUUCUGGUCGGCGUACGUGCCCUGCGACACGCAGAACAAGGACGCGGUGAAGCGCACGCUGGAGCAGAUCGACGUGGUGCACCGCAUGUGCGAGCUCUACCCCGAGACCUUCUCCUGCGUCGUCGACAGCAACGGCAUCCAGCAGGCUUUCCAGAACAAGAAGGUGGCCAGCCUCAUCGGGGUGGAGGGCGGCCACUCCAUCGACAGCAGCCUGGGCGUCCUGCGCACCUUCUACCGCCUGGGCGUCCGCUACAUGACCCUCACCCACAGCUGCAACACCCCCUGGGCUGACAACUGGCUGGUGGACACUGAGGAUGAGCAGCCCCAGCAUUACGGCCUCUCGUCCUUUGGGAAGACAGUGCUGGUGGAGAUGAACCGUCUGGGCAUGAUUGUGGACCUGGCCCACGUCUCGGUGGACACCAUGAAGGUCGUGCUGAAGCUCUCCAAAGCCCCUGUCAUCUUCAGCCACUCGUCUGCCUACAGCCUCUGCCAACAUCGCCGCAACGUGCCCGAUGAAGUGCUGAGUAUAGUGGCUUCCACGGGCAGCCUGGUGAUGGUCAACUUCUACAACGACUACGUGACGUGUGGGGACACAGCCAUGCUGGCCAACGUUGCGGAUCACAUGGACCACGUGAAGAAGGUGGCCGGUGCCCAGUCCGUCGGCUUCGGUGGGGACUAUGAUGGUGUGACGAGGCUCCCCACCAACCUGGAGGACGUCUCCACAUACCCCGCGCUGGUGGCUGAGCUGCUGGCGAGGAACUGGACGGAGGCAGAGGUGAAGAUGGCUCUGGCCGAAAACCUGCUCCGGGUCUUCAGGAAGGUGGAGGAGGUGAAGAACAGCAUGCAAGGUAUGGCUGCUCAGGAGACACCCAUCGCCUUCGAGGAGCUGGAGGGAUCAUGCAGGACCAGCUAUGGGUACACCAACGGUGCUUCCACAAUCCAGCACCUGCCGGUAGCCCUGGCGCUGGCGCUUGCCCUGCUCCGCUCCCUGCUCUCCUAG